ACCAUCCUUGCAGUAACACCGUCAAGUGCACGAACUGUGGUGCAAUCAUGGCAGUCUCAGCGUCCGACAUACGCAGUGCACUAUCUUUACCAAGCUCUUCAACACCGGUUCAAUCUGCAACACCAGCUCCCAGAAAAUCUCAAGGUCAAGUCACCAAGAAACCUGAGGGAAUUUCCCGAGAGCUCUAUGCACUUAUUGGACCCUCCGCGCCUUCUCUUGUAGCACAUUUAGCUAAGCCACGUCUGAAGCAGAAGCCAAACUUUGGGUCCGGUGGAAAGGUCAAGUGGGAAUGGAGACCUUUUAGGAAUGGUGCACGCACCGAUUCACUGCAACUGGGACGUUGGGCCAAGGCAACUGAUGAUCCCGAUGCAGAAUACCACUUUACGAAGUAUAACGUGCAAUCACAGUCAUAUACCUACUCACAAGAGGAAUACACGCGUUUACUCGAGGAUAAAGAUUGGACGAAGGACGAGACGGAUCAUUUAUUUAACGUUGUGCGAGAGUAUGACACACGGUGGUAUGUGGUACAUGACCGCUAUGAGCCUCCACCAGACGCCCCAACACGCUCUCUUGAAGAUCUAAAGGACCGGUACUACAGCGUUUGCAGAAAACUCAUUCGGAACAGACCUUGGGCAGGUGAUGAGGCGAGCAAGGCUCAGCUUCUCAAUACUUAUCAGUUUGACAAAGACCGCGAGAGAAUGCGGAAAGACUAUAUCGCCAGCCUCGAGGACCGUACACCCGAGGAAAUCGCCGAGGAAGAGGCCCUGUUCAUCGAACUGAAGCGGCUGGAGCAAAACGAACGCAAAUUCAAGAAGGAGCGCGAUGAACUUCUCCGCACGUUGCUUGGCAUUGACUCUGGACUUCCUGACAUAGUUGCUGAAGAAGACGGACUUUCUGCUCUAUCUGCGGAAGGAUUCAAAAAGAGAAAGAAGAAUGCAAAUGAAAUUGAAAUACCGUCUACACCGUCAAAUAUCAUUUCUCUAGGACCUCCACCGCCAAAGAGGGCUCAGUCAGCGAAGUCAGCAGCUUAUGACGCGCAACAUUGUAUUAUCAGGGUUGAACCUCCCGCUUCAUCAACAACGAAAAUCACUCAUGUUCCCGUGCACCUUCGCUCCUUUAAACUUCCCGCACCGAAGGCAGCAAUAUUACCCAAGGUCACCCAGGCUCUUGCUGAGCUAGGCAUCAACCAUACACGAUUGGUCAUGCCUACCCGUGAAAACUGUGCACGACUAGAGUCGCUGAUCGAAGCGACCACUGCCUUGAUUGACACGAAGAAAGUUGUAGAUCGUGUAGAACAAGAUAUCCGAGUGUUGAGAGUAAGACUCGGGAGAGCAAGUGAGGGUGCUGAAGAAGAUGGGAAAGAGGGAACACCAAUGGAAGUUGAUGGAGGCGCAAGCGGGGGAGCAGAUGCUGAUGCCGAUGCCGAUGCUGAGGGUGAGGUCGAUGGCAGAGCACAAAGUAUACUCAGCACACGAAGCGGCCGAGGACGCAAACAGGCUCAGUCUCGCCGAUCAAUGUCCGUGUCAUCCAUCGGCACUUCAGCAUCCGCGCGAGUUGGUAAGAGACAAAAGCGUAGCUGA